UUUUAUUCUCUUCUUCUUCCUUCCAACAACCAAUCCUUCUUUAAUGUUCAUAACCAAAGAGCUCAAACCGCUCUCCAAUGGCCCUCUCUUUAUCCCUACAACAACUCAUUCGCUUCCCUCCCCAUCCUCUCACCUCGCCUCUCUCUCCCGCUUCUUCCCAUCUCCAUGCCUUUCCUCUUUCGCUCCGUCCCCAGACUAUGCCGUCAAGUUAUCUUCCAGAACAAAGUGUUUCUCCAUGUCCACUGAGGAGGACAAGUGGAGUGAAUCUGAUGCGUUUGUCUCCGAUGUCGACGAAGGGGGUGAUCUUGAGGAUGACAUUGAUAUUAGUGUUCGGGAAGACAGCCCUGUGGCCACUGCUGCUUCUGCGCAGAGGAUUUCUUCUUCACCCAGUGAUUAUCUCUCGCUUGCGAUUCCUGAGCAGGUUUAUGAGGUGUUAGAGGUUAAAGCUGAUGGAACCGUAUCCACCAGGAAGGUUAACAGACGGCAGCUGUUGAAGUCAAGUGGGCUUCGUCCUCGUGAUGUCCGAAGUGUUGAUCCAUCUUUAUUUUUGACAAACUCAAUGCCUACAUUACUGGUACGUGAACAUGCUAUUUUGCUUAAUCUGGGAUCGUUGCGAGCAAUAGCCAUGCAGGAUUGUGUCCUCAUAUUCGAUCAUAACCGUCCAGGAGGACAAGCUUUUAUUGAAUCAUUGUUGCCUCGAUUGAACCCAAAAAACAUGAAUGGGGUGCCAGCAAUGCCAUUUGAACUCGAGAAGAAUGUUCACCCUUUUCUGAAGAAUGCUGCUGUUAAACAGUCUAGCCGCUAGGGGUCUACACAAAAGCUUUGCAAAUCUUUCAAGAUCUCACCUUAGUAAAACUGCUUCCUGCAACUUCCUUUGGUAAUCACUGAUCUGAGAGAGUUCAAAUCAAGAUUAGAUUGGAAAACCUUGCCGUUGUACUGGGGAAUGUAAGAAGUUAAAGAACUUCCUUAACCUGCCACUCUUUUAUUGAGGUUUGGGAAUGCAACUAAAGUUCCAUAUUGGUUACACAAGGGGAAGAUCAUAAUUCAGGACUGUAUAAGCGAGAGACAAGAUCUCCAUUGAUAGGUGGAGGGUUUCUGUUUUUGGUCUACUAGAUCUGUGAAAACAUUGGGUGAGAGGUUUUGUAGCUAUGGGGAAGUCUACUUCCUGCUUUAUGAUUAUCGCGUGCAGUGGUGAUUCCAGCGACAAGAUGAUAUUGAUAUUCCUGAGGCAUGUAUGUAUCUAAUUGGCUCUUACUUCCGAGUUUUGCCUUUUUCAUUUGUUUUCUCUUCUUUUUAUUUUCAUUUUAGUUUUUUGAUCUUUUUUUUUUAAUGUUGAACUAGCCUUUAUUACUCCAAAUUAGUCUCUAAUUACUGGAAGUGAGCAAUGUACUUUCUCCUCGAGUUUACUUUGUAAGAAAUGUUUGUUUUUUUGUGAAUUUGUGUUAUUUAAUGAUCUACUUUGUUUCUCGCUUAUCAAAAGAAUUGGAAUUAGAAGAAGAUUUGUUUAGCAUUUUAUGAGAACGGUGAUGCAUUAAAGAUUCGAUUUUA